GAUCGGUUAAUCAAACGAAAAAAAAGUAAAGCAUCUUCUUCAAAUUGGCAUUUUGUAGCAUACACAUAAGUAUCAAUGUUCAUUUUCCCGCUGCGAAAGUAUUGGAGAGAAUAAAUAAAAUUAUAUUACCAACGGAGGUGCACUGUCAAGGUGGAGUGUCAUGCAUUAAAGCAGAAUAUUAACGACGUGCAUCUGCCACUGACGCCAGUGAUUAAACACGGCGGUAGGAAAGAUCUGAACAGAGCCAUAUCUCCAGCUCCACAGGGACUGGAUAUUGCAAUGCAUUUCUGGCUGUGUUUAUCACUACUGCCAUUGGUGAGCUGCGUCUGGCAGGAUCCGCUGCAAGACAACUAUGACGACAACUGUCUCGAUGUCGCCAUUAUUGGAGCAGGUAUUGCUGGCACGUACACAGGCUACCGUCUAAGGAAUAAAGGCCUAAAAAUGUCCAUAUUUGAAUACUCUGACCGCAUUGGAGGCCGAAUGUUCACUGCUCAGAUCCCCACGGUAACUGGCACGACCGUGGACUUCGGGGCGAUGAGGUUAAAACCUAAUGAACACACGUACCUCGUGAGUACCGCAAGACAGCUUGGACUCAGAAUUGUCAACUUCCCUUUAAACUUUGGCAACCCUAAUGAAACGGUAUAUUACCUCCGUGGGCGUCAUCUUCGGAUAGAGGAACUUGGUGGUCCGCGGACUCCAUACAAUCUGAGGCCACAAGAGAGGCUCAAGCCGCUUGACCUUUUGUGGCGGCUGUACACGGCGAACACCAACAUGAGCAUUGGUGCCUAUCCUUCAGAAUCAGAGAUAUAUAAGAUACACACGACUGACGGCCUUCCACUGUAUACAAUCACAAUGGACGAAUUUUUAGCCCGUUAUGCCAGCAGAGAAGCCUAUAACUAUCUACACGAUGCGCUUGUCUGGGACCACGCUACUGGGAGAUUUGGGGCGUUGAUAGGGCUCAUAUUCCUGGAAUACGGUGGUGUAGAUUCGUUCGCUGACCUGAAGACUGUGGAUAAUGGCAUGGAUCAGGUGCCUAAAAGACUCCUCACCAGAUACUUACUUUUCAGUGUAAGACAUUCGAUUCACCUAAAUCAUCAGCUGGUCUCUAUACAAGGACGCCGUGGCAACUACAAGCUGACAUUACGCUGCACCCAGACCGUUGAUGGCUACACUACACCCACCAAGAGUCCAGAGAGAUAUGUCUGUGCCAGAAAAGUGGUCUUAGGUGUACAGAAGGACUGUGUGGAAAAGGUGAAUUUCGCUCCUUACAGACUCAGCAAAGAAUUCCGCCGCCAGGUUAACUCUGUACGCCAAGUGCAGGCUCAGAAAAUAUUUCUUGCCUACCAGAAUCAGUGGUGGAAAAAAGGAAACGCAAACAUCACGCAUGGACGCUGCGAUCUGCCAAGCAAGUUCACCUACGACUGGCGAAGGGGCACCAAUGGCUAUUAUAUCCACCUCCCUUCUUAUAGCGACGGAUCAGCUAGUGUCGCUAGCUGGAGGGAACUUCAGAACCAAGGCAGCACCAUAUAUGGAAGUAUGCCAGGAGCACAGAGAGUCACCACUGAGGUACGGAAAAGGAUACACACCUACAUGAGCAGACUGUACAGAAUACCUGAGGCAGAUAUCCCUCCAUCUGUAGGCGGGGCCAUGCAACUCUGGGACACAUACCCAUAUAAGGCGUCUUGGCAUUUCUACAAACCUGGAUUUAAUAUGGAACAAACCCGGGAUUACAUGCUGAAGCCAUUUCCUGACCAUGAUGUCUUCCAUGUGUCGGGUUCUUGGUGGCCGAACAAACUUCAGAGUUGGUCUGAGGCAGCAUUGAGAGCUGUUGACCUCACUGUCAGACGUUACCUGUAGCAUGAUGGUCAAACAUGGCCACAGUGUCUAAUACCUGCUUACUUACUUACUUAUAUUGGAGAUUUUACGUGCGCUUUCCGACUGCAGCGUAUUUUCGCACACGGGCCCGGCCAAGCCAUUUAAUGUGUUUCCGAAAAGGGGAAAAAG